GAGCAGCAGAGGCUCAGAGGAUGGGGCAGCAAAGGCUGCACGGGAAGGGGCAAUGGGGGUUGUGGGGGAAGGGGCAGCAGAGGCUGCAGAGGAAAGGGCAGCAGAGGCUGCAGGGAAGGGGCAGCAGCGGCUGCACGGGAAAGGGCGGCAGGGGCUGCACGGGAAGGGGCGGCAGGGACCAGUGGGAGAAGGGACAGCAGUGGCCUCAAAGGCAGAAGGUGAGACUGCAGCUGAAGCAGCAGGGAGGGCCAUAGCACGGCCAGUAGGGGCGGCAGGGGCCGCAGCAAACGCGGGGAAACACACAGCAGGGCCAGCAGGGCCGGCAGAGACUGCAAAAGGGGCUAGCAGUAAAGCGGCAGCAGGCGGGGUGGGCUCGGGGGACAUAGGGGCAACAGGGGAAGGGAGAGGUGAGUGUGGGUCCCGACCGGGGGGGGCAGCCAAGGCCCUGGCCUUCUUGGCGGAGCCGUGCUCCCCGACCCCCACGCUGCUCCAUGGCCAGCUCCCCUCUCCGUCCCCAACGCCUGACCCCACGGUUGCAGGCGGUCCACCGGGAGAGCACGCGGCACACCUCUGCCCCCACCCUCAGGGGCUCCUUAGAGCACCACGUGGAGCAGCCAGGGCUCUGGUCUUCCUAGAGGAGCCAUGCUCCCCGACUCCUACCAACACCCAGCCACCCCCUACCGGCCCACUACCCCCCUCCUCCACCAGGCCCCCCCCCACCCGUCGCCGCACAGCCCCAACACGCCCACCCAACAGGCUGCCCUCCCCACACCACCCCCCCCAGGCAGCCGAGACCCACCCGCAAGGGCUUGCGCCCCAGGCUCAUGGGAGCGGCGGCACCCGGGUAGAGGGGCCCACAGGAGAGGCCACCACAGGGCCCACACAAAUCUCUCUCCCCCCACCGUUUGUACCUCGCUCUAACCUCCACACUGGCCCAGCCCCUCGACCCCCACCUCCAACCCCCUCUCCCGGCCGGGUUCCCCACGAGUGGCCCCGUUGGGCAGCCAUCACCCCCCACACACAGCUUGCCCGAUCUGUUUCCCACGGAGGGGGAUGUUUCGAGGAGAGAGGGGAUGCACACAGAGCACCCCCCGCCUGGCGAACCACCCAUCCUCCCUCCACCCACCCCUUUGGCCCCACAGCCCCCCCUUCCUUCACAAACAGGCGCGGACAACCAGGUUGGCCGCCGGCGGAAGAACAGGGGCAGAGGCCCGACCACCAAACCUACACUCCCGCCCCGCUCCUGCACCUCCACAGGGCCAUGGGAGCGGUCCAGCCCACUCACCCCCAUUCUGCCCCUCCCGUGCUGUGUCCCCCUCCCAGGUGGCGGCGGCCGCGAUCGCUACUGGGAGGGAGGGCCGUCGGGUUGAGGGAUGCGCCCAUGGCAGACGCCACCGACUCCCCCUCCCAUCCCUCCCACCCCUUCCAUGUCGACGACCCCCUACCGCAACCCAUGGUGAUUGGGGAGGGCCAAGGGGGCCUUCUAGGGCAGGGUCCACACCCGAGCUCCGCUCAGCCAGCACGCCCCACUCCACCCUCUACCCUGCCAGCCCUCCUACUCUCACCUACAGGCAGGCAGGUCUUCGAGACCCCAGAGGAGCUAGGCGCGUCACUCCCGACCCCAAUGGAGACGGACCGGGUUCUGAGGCCGUGUCACUCGCACCUAGACGGGGUGGCGCCUCCCCCCGUUCAGCCCGUGGCGCAGGAGGUCACCAGCAGUAGGGAUGAGGCAUCCGCCCCUACCGAGACCCCUCCGCCUGGGCUUCGACACCGUACCGGCACGAGGCCCGGCCCUAUCCUGUGCGACACCACCUCUAUCUUCGCUGACACCCCCCCCGCGCGGGCUGGUGAGCCGUCUCCUCCCCUCAUCCCAGGCGAUCCUCUCGGAGCUCAGGCCGCCCACGGGGUCCCCUCUACAGCCAGUUCCGACGCCACGGCCCCGAUUGACCCCGCCGACACGGCGACAUCACCCGACCAGGUCGUGAGUUUGCCCCACUGCAGGAGCUCUCUCGCGAACCGACGCGCGCUCCAGCACCACAUUCCCUUCUGCCAUCCUGCGGACGCGGCUCGCAGGGCGCAGGCUGCCCAUGAUACCGCCUCGAUCAUCCCUUCCCUCUCACAGCCCCGUGCGACCGGGAUGCAGUUCACCGACGCACAGUGGCAGACGCUCGACUCGGUGGACUGGACAGAGUACUUCUCGCCCGGAGCUGCGAUCCUAGUCCGCAUUGCCCAGGACCCGGAGGCUGCUGGCCCUACCUUCCUCCUCGCUGCAGCGCCGACUCUUUUCCUUGUUCCAGCGACGCCACCCGACCGCUCGCACACGGCUGCCAUUGCAGCGCGCAUCUCCCGCUUUGGUCGAGCUCCGCGGGGCUCUUCGGGAGGACCGUCCGGUUGGGUCGCUGAGCACCUGCGAGACACUUUCUUAGCUUUCCCUCAGAGUCUCCAUUUCCUCCUGGCCGUGUACCAGCAGUGGCUCCGAGGCCGUUGCGCUCCAGCUGCACGCUCCUUGCUAGCGUCUUCCACCCUCGUGGCUCUGGCGAAGUCGAACAUGGAUGUUCGGCCGAUUGCCAUCGGCGAGGUUUUGGUCCGCAUUCUUUCUCGUGCAGUCUGUCUCCAGCUACGUGACCAGAUGGCGAGGGUCUUCUUGGCGUCACAGCAGUUUGGGGUGGGGGUUAUGUGCGGGACAGAGGUCGUAGUUAGAGGCGUCCGCCGCGCCCUGGCUGACCACCCAGACUGGGUGGUCCUGCAGCUAGACGUGGCGAAUGCCUUUAACUCUUUCCACCGAGACAGGAUGUUCCAGGCGCUGCAGGCCAGCCCGGAGUUUCAGUGUCUGAUCCCCUUCAUCGGCCUCUUCUACGGGACGCCCUCGGAUCUCCACUACAGGUCAGGCACGGGAGUGGUCACGAUGCACUCGGAGCGGGGCACUCGCCAGGGAGACCCUCUCAGCCCCUUCUUGUACGCUCUGACACAGCGUCUUGCUUUGGAGCCGGUUCUGGCGGAGGGGGAUGUCCAGCUCUGGUCGUACGCCGAUGACACGUACGUGCUAGGUCCCCCAGACAGGGUGCUGCACCACUUUGCCGAGAUCGUGAGGCGCUUGGGCGAGAUGGGCCUUGCAGCCCAGCCGCACAAGUGCCUCGUCUACCAGACGGAGUCCUUUCUGUCCAGGGAUCUGGAGGCUUUCACGGGCCUAGGGAUCGAGGUCGCACGCCGAGGGCUCACCGUGACAGGCGUACCGGUAGGCACCGUUUCGUUCGUGGAGCAGAGUCUCCCGGAUCGUCUCGAGAGGAUGGGGCGGGUGCUACCUUGGCUUCCGAGGUUGCGCCAGCCCCAGACAGCUGCCCGCCUCCUUUCGGCGUGUGUCAGCACUCGUCCGCAGUACCUGUCGAGGACCGUCCCUCCUUCGCCCGCAGUGAUCUCCAGUUUUACACGGUGGGACGCACGCCUGGGAGAGACAUUUCAGCAGCUUUUAGCUUCAGGGACCUGGGCUUGUCGCGAGGACGUCCGAGAGGCCGCCCUAGACCAGAUCUUCCUCCCCAUCCGUCUCGGGGGUUUCGGCAUUCGUCGCAUGGCGCGCAUUGCCCCGGUGAGUUUCGUGUGCUCCUGGGUGCAGUGUGCACCCAUUCUCUGUUCUCUCCCUGCGUGUGGCGAGGUGUUUCGGCAGAGCUUCGCUUCAGGUGAGCCAGAGCAGAUCGACCGGGCUCUGCAGACGGCGCUAGAGGGUCUCCCACCUGACGUUCUCUCUCUCCUUCCCCCCUGGCCCUCUUGCGCUUCUGCCUCCCCCGAUUCCCUUUUUGCAGGAGCGAGCCGUCUUCUGGAGGCGCAUGCCUUGGAGGCCGUGCGUGCCCGUCACGCCUCUCCCUUGCACCUUGCCCGUUUGACUUCCCUUCAGGGCGGAGGUGCAGGGGCGUGGUUGACGUCGGUGCCGUACGCCGACCCACUGCGCAUCCCGGAGGCGCUGUGGCAGGCGGCUUCAUCUUCUCGUCUUGGUCUCCCUAUCCCCCAGUUAGCCCUUGCAGGUCAGUGCUCCUGCGGACAGGCGAUUGACGACAUGACGGUGCCUCAUCACGCGGUUCGGUGCCCGCGCUACGGGGUCGCCACUACCAUCCACGACACGGUGAAGUACAUGCUUCGAGACUUUGCGGUCGAGGCGGGCUUCGCGGUAAAGGUGGAGGACUCUACGCUGUUCACACAGUUGGAGGCGGCUCGAGCGAGACUACUGGGACAGCCAGUGGUGGGAGAGGGGACACGGGCUGAGGGACCGGGGGAGCGGAGAGGCGAGGCGGGACAGCCGGGUGGCGGGGGACAGUGGGGACGGCACCAGCUGCGGGGUCAGGUGGAGCGAGGGACAGGUGGGCAGAGGGGACGGCAGGGGGAGCAGACGGGCCAGGACGGGGAGGGGGGACGGCACAGGCAGCAGCAGGAGAGCCAGUGGAGGCCGCGGGCCCAGGGCGCCGCGCCUCCAGGUUCGGCCUCGGGGGCGGGGCAGGGGCGGGAGCAGCAGAGAGCGGACGGAGGUACAGGAGGGGCAGCGGGAUUGGGAGGGGAGGGCCAGGGAGUGAGAGAGGCAGCAGGGGAUGGAGCAGGGGGGUCGGGAGGUUUGGGGAGGGGUCUGAUGGUUCUUGUGGAUGUCUCCAUAGCGGAUCCACAGCGGGAGGGGAACGUGCAGCUGAGACGGGCGACCCCCACACAGAUUGGAGUGGCAGCAGCUAGGCGGGUGCAGGAGAAGCUGCGUCACUGGGGGCCGCACUUAGAGGGGCUGCAGCCGGCACCACACUUUUACGCGUGCGUGGCGGAGACCUUUGGCCUUCUGAGUGAGCCGAUGCGUCAGUUUCUGGGGCUCUGCGCAAAGAGGAUAGCACAGCGGAGGAGGGAUAGAGCAUGCGGUGCGGCAGUUAGGGAGUCACACCCCCUGCCCCCUCAUGCCAUCCGCUCCCCCCGCCCCUACCCUCCGCGUGCCCGCUCCCUUGCCGCCUCUUUUGACCCUCCCUGCCCCCCUCGCCGUUUCCCACCGCCCGCCAUUCGCUCCUCCCCGCCCGUGCGCUCCCCUCGCUUACCUUCUCCUCCCCCCUCCCCUCCUCUGCUGCACGCCUCUUCCUUCCCCUCGCCGACCCACUCCACUCCCUGCCCCUCCUCAAUCCGCACCCUGCCCCUCGUAUCUCGCCCCCCUAUGCUUGGUUUCUCCCCUCCCUGCCCCUCGCCGCCUUUCUCCGCCCCCCACCUCCCCCCUCUCCCUGCCCCCCCACUCUCCCCCCCUUGCCCUUGGCUUCCUACCUCCCUGCCCCACCUUUCCCCCCUCUGUGUGCUCAGCUUCUCCCCUCCCUGCCCCUCCCUCCUCCCCGCCCUGCCCCUCGUUUUCCGCCCCCCCACAGCCCGGUUUCUCCCCUCCCCGCGCCUCCCUUUCUUUCUCCGUGCCUCUCCUUUGCUCCCUCCCUGCCCCCGCCCUGCCCAUGCCCCUGUCUUUGGCUUCUCCCCUCCCUGCCCCACGUUUCUUCCCUCCCUGCCCACCCCCUCUGCCCCUCCCUUCCUCUUCCCUCCCUGCCCCUCCCUUCCUCCCCCCCUGCCCUUUGCUCUCCCCUCGUUACGCUCCCUUCUCCCCAUCCCUGCUGCCCUCUUACCACCAUCAGCCCAUCCCCACCACCAGCCCCCCUCCCACCCUUCUCUCCCCCCCCUCCCUUUCCCUCUCUCUCUUUCUCACACACACACACGCACACUCCCCUCCCCCCACCCCCCACCCACAUCCUCCCAUUCUGCCCCUCCCUGCCCCUUUCCCACCCCCUCGCACGCCCCUCACCUCCCACCUCCGUGCAACUGGUUUCCCCCCUAUGGUGCCUCCCUUGCAUCGCUCGCCCCUCUGCUCACCCUCUGCCCGCCCCUUUUCCUCCCAUCCAACCGCCCCCACCCUCCCCCGGCUGCCCGUUUCCGCUCUCCACCCCCUGCGACCGUGCGCGGCUUCCAACCGCCCAACGGUGGUGCGCACGGGGCCCGUACUUCCCCCUCCAGCCUCCCUUUCCCCCCCAGCUACUUCCGCAUCCAGCGUGGGCUGCACCUCUGCAUCCCGCCCUGCCAGGCCCUUCGCCAAGGUCUACACCCCUUGCUUUUGCUCCCUGGGCUGUGCCGUCCCCAACCUCCCUCCGCCUUUCCGCGGCACCAGACCGCCUCUCCCUCCCCCAGCCAACCUUUGCACCCCUGUUCCUGCCCCUUGUGCCCUCCAACACCCUACCUCAACCCCCCCCAGUCUCCCCCUUCUCCAACACCCUCCAUAUUUCCUCCCCCCUGGGGCUCGCCCAUCCGCAGUUAUCACCCUUCAUCGUUUCCCCAAUUCCCUCUGUCCCCUGUUUCCCGGCCCCGCAUCCUAUUCUGCAUUUACCACAGCGCCUCCUUUCGGUGCCCUCUCUGCCCUCCCACGUUCUCACCCCCCGCCUCCCAACCUUCUCAUUACCCGCUACCAGGCUCACGCCAACUCGACUACCCACUACCCUUUGCCCCUUCCUCUCUGUUCCCCACCCUUCCUUUCCCACUUGGCUCCACCUGCCCACCCCCACCUCCCGUGGAAUUCUGCCCUGCCCUCCCCACCUCCGGCCCACCACCUGUCCCCACACCCUGCUCACCCACCGCUACAUCACCCCCGCCCCCCCACCUCCACUACAGCCCGCCAACACUUCCCCUCUCAACCGGCCCCCAGCCCGCCCCCCCCUUGGGCCCCAAUCCCCUCCAACUGUCAGGCCCCCUCUACCCUCUCUUCCACCCACUGCGCACCGCUUUCCCCACCCUUUUCCCCUUUCCCCAAGCUAACCCCCCGCACCCCGGCCUCUGCCAGGGAGUUCCUUCCCCCUUUGACGCCCUCUUGAGCCAACUCCAGCAACUCACACCGCCACCGCCAGGCAUGCUGCCUCUAGCCAGGGGGGAACUUGCAGCUGACACUGCACGGGAAGGGGUAAGUGAGUUUGUGUGUGAAGGAGCAGCAGAGGCUGCAGAGGAUGGGGCAGCAAAGGCUGCACGGGAAGGGGCAAUGGGGGUUGUGGGGGAAGGGGCAGCAGAGGCUGCAGAGGAAAGGGCAGCAGAGGCUGCAAGGGAAGGGGCAGCAGCGGCUGCACGGGAAAGGGCGGCAGGGGCUGCACGGGAAGGGGCGGCAGGGACCGUGACUCUGGCCAGGCAAAGGGCAGAGGCCAUGGAGACAGGUUUUGCAGGAGUAGGGGCCACGGAACCUGCUGCUGUGUCGGCUGGGGGAACCGCAGCAGAGGAGGCUAUAGGGACCGCACCAGCGGGGAAGGGGGUAACGGGGACUGGUGCGAGGGAGAGUGCCGCCCCGGCUGUAGCAAGAGAGGGUACGGCAGGGGCUAGAGUGGGAGAGGGGACAGCAGUGGCCUCAAAGGCAGAAGGUGAGGCUGCAGCUGAAGCAGCAGGGAGGGCCAUAGCACGGCCAGUAGGGGCGGCAGGGGCCGCAGCAAACGCGGGGAAACACACAGCAGGGCCGGCAGGGCCGGCAGAGACUGCAAAAGGGGCUAGCAGUAAAGCGGCAGCAGGCGGGGUGGGCUCGGGGGACAUAGGGGCAACAGGGGAAGGAGAGGUGAGUGUGGUCCCGACCGGGGUGGGCACUGAAGAGGGGGAUGUGAUAGCGAUAGAGGAGGAUGAGGGAGAGGAUGUGAUGCACAUUGACGGGCCACUGGCCCAAUACCUCACGCUUGACGGUGAGGCCGACCCGGCCCCCCUGCAGCCUCACGUCGAGAUUCCCCCUCUACCCCCCAUGCCCGUCCCCAUGCUAGCAGAAGGACCGAUGGAGGGGCUGGGGGAGACCUUGAGGACAGAGCCGCGCGAGGGAGCCCCCAUCCUCACCUCCCGUCCUCCAGCCCACCCACCCCCAGGAGCACCACUUCCCCACCCCCACCCUCAGGUCCCGGUAGUGUCCAGGGGGGCAGCCAAGGCCCUGGCCUUCUUGGCGGAGCCAGGCUCCCCGACCCCCACGCUGCUCCAUGGCCAGCUCCCCUCUCCGUCCCCAACGCCUGACCCCACGGUUGCAGGCGGUCCACCGGGAGAGCACGCGGCACACCUCUGCCCCCACCCUCAGGGGCUCCUUAGAGCACCACGUGGAGCAGCCAGGGCUCUGGUCUUCCUAGAGGAGCCAUGCUCCCCGACUCCUACCAACACCCAGCCACCCCCUACCGGCCCACUACCCCCUCCUCCACCAGGCCCCCCCCCCACCCGUCGCCGCACAGCCCCAACACGCCCACCCAACAGGCUGCCCUCCCCACACCACCCCCCCCAGGCAGCCGAGACCCACCCGCAAGGGCUUGCGCCCCAGGCUCAUGGGAGCGGCGGCACCCGGGUAGAGGGGCCCACAGGAGAGGCCACCACAGGGCCCACACAAAUCUCUCUCCCCCCACCGUUUGUACCUCGCUCUAACCUCCACACUGGCCCGACCCCUCGACCCCCACCUCCAACCCCCUCUCCCGGCCGGGUUCCCCACGAGUGGCCCCGUUGGGCAGCCAUCACCCCCCACACACAGCUUGCCCGAUCUGUUCCCACGGAGGGGGAUGUUUCGAGGAGAGAGGGGAUGCAAACAGAGCACCCCCCGCCUGGCGAACCACCCAUCCUCCCUCCACCCACCCCUUUGGCCCCACAGCCCCCCCUUCCUUCACAAACAGGCGCGGACAACCAGGUGGCGGCGGCCGCGAUCGCUACUGGGAGGGAGGCCGUCGGGUUGAGGGAUGCGCCCAUGGCAGACGCCACCGACUCCCCCUCCCAUCCCUCCCACCCCUUCCAUGUCGACGACCCCCUACCGCAACCCAUGGUGAUUGGGGAGGGCCAAGGGGGCCUUCUAGGGCAGGGUCCACACCCGAGCUCCGCUCAGCCAGCACGCCCCACUCCACCCUCUACCCUGCCAGCCCUCCUACUCUCACCUACAGGCAGGCAGGUCUUCGAGACCCCAGAGGAGGUGAGGGCUGGCAUUUCAGAUUUGCUGGCGAUACACCGCCUGAGCAGCUCUCCGGCUGCCCCCACCCUUCCAGUCCCACAGGACCGGACCCGGACGUAUGCGGAGGUCACCCGGUCUGUCCCUUCUUUUAUCCCCCCCGCCACUCAGCUAGGCGCGUCACUCCCGACCCCAAUGGAGACGGACCGGGUUCUGAGGCCGUGUCACUCGCACCUAGACGGGGUGGCGCCUCCCCCCGUUCAGCCCGUGGCGCAGGAGGUCACCAGCAGUAGGGAUGAGGCAUCCGCCCCUACCGAGACCCCUCCGCCUGGGGUAGCAGAGCCGUCACUUGAACCGCACCCCGCCGAGGGGCAGGAGCACACCACGGCACACACUUCAGGCUCACCUCCACGUCCCCCCUCCCCAGCUUCGACACCGGUACCGGCACGAGGCCCGGCCCUAUCCUGUGCGACACCACCUCUAUCUUCGCUGACACCCCCCCCGCGCGGGGCUGGUGAGCCGUCUCCUCCCCUCAUCCCAGGCGAUCCUCUCGGAGCUCAGGCCGCCCACGGGGUCCCCUCUACAGCCAGUUCCGACGCCACGGCCCCGAUUGACCCCGCCGACACGGCGACAUCACCCGACCAGGUCGUGAGUUGCCCCACCUGCAGGAGCUCUCUCGCGAACCGACGCGCGCUCCAGCACCACAUUCCCUUCUGCCAUCCUGCGGACGCGGCUCGCAGGGCGCAGGCUGCCCAUGAUACCGCCUCGAUCAUCCCUUCCCUCUCACAGCCCCGUGCGACCGGGAUGCAGUUCACCGACGCACAGUGGCAGACGCUCGACUCGGUGGACUGGACAGAGUACUUCUCGCCCGAGCGUAUCCAUACACGCCCUCUCCGACGUGUCCCGGAGAGGGUCCGCGGAGGAUAUCUUGACGUCCUCAGUGCGAUCCUAGUCCGCAUUGCCCAGGACCCGGAGGCUGCUGGCCCUACCUUCCUCCUCGCUGCAGCGCCGACUCUUUUCCUUGUUCCAGCGACGCCACCCGACCGCUCGCACACGGCUGCCAUUGCAGCGCGCAUCUCCCGCUUUGGUCGAGGUGAGUGGGCUGAGCUAGUCUCAGAUGCACUAGGCCGUCGCACACCCCUUCCUCGGCGCACAGGUCACCGGUCACGCACCGCCACCGAUCCCUCUACAGCAGAUGAGCGCCGCAUUGCACGUUGCCUUCGUCUGGCAGCGUGCAAUGAGACCUCACGGGCGUGCGCGGCUCUCGAGUCCGCGGAGGCAGCCCCAGAUACACAGGGGACGAUACAGCGCCUGCAGUCGAAGCACCCCAACGCGGAGAGGCCGACCCCAGCUUGGCUGUCUGGCUUCCAGGGUCCCCUCUUGUGCUCUCGGUGGAUCACUUACGCCGCGCGAUUUUCACAGCUCCGCGGGGCUCUUCGGGAGGACCGUCCGCAGUGGCUCCGAGGCCGUUGCGCUCCAGCUGCACGCUCCUUGCUAGCGUCUUCCACCCUCGUGGCUCUGGCGAAGUCGAACAUGGAUGUUCGGCCGAUUGCCAUCGGCGAGGUUUUGGUCCGCAUUCUUUCUCGUGCAGUCUGUCUCCAGCUACGUGACCAGAUGGCGAGGGUCUUCUUGGCGUCACAGCAGUUUGGGGUGGGGGUUAUGUGCGGGACAGAGGUCGUAGUUAGAGGCGUCCGCCGCGCCCUGGCUGACCACCCAGACUGGGUGGUCCUGCAGCUAGACGUGGCGAAUGCCUUUAACUCUUUCCACCGAGACAGGAUGUUCCAGGCGCUGCAGGCCAGCCCGGAGUUUCAGUGUCUGAUCCCCUUCAUCGGCCUCUUCUACGGGACGCCCUCGGAUCUCCACUACAGGUCAGGCACGGGAGUGGUCACGAUGCACUCGGAGCGGGGCACUCGCCAGGGAGACCCUCUCAGCCCCUUCUUGUACGCUCUGACACAGCGUCUUGCUUUGGAGCCGGUUCUGGCGGAGGGGGAUGUCCAGCUCUGGUCGUACGCCGAUGACACGUACGUGCUAGGUCCCCCAGACAGGGUGCUGCACCACUUUGCCGAGAUCGUGAGGCGCUUGGGCGAGAUGGGCCUUGCAGCCCAGCCGCACAAGUGCCUCGUCUACCAGACGGAGUCCUUUCUGUCCAGGGAUCUGGAGGCUUUCACGGGCCUAGGGAUCGAGGUCGCACGCCGAGGGCUCACCGUGACAGGCGUACCGGUAGGCACCGUUUCGUUCGUGGAGCAGAGUCUCCCGGAUCGUCUCGAGAGGAUGGGGCGGGUGCUACCUUGGCUUCCGAGGUUGCGCCAGCCCCAGACAGCUGCCCGCCUUCCUUUCGGCGUGUGUCAGCACUCGUCCGCAGUACCUGUCGAGGACCGUCCCUCCUUCGCCCGCAGUGAUCUCCAGUUUUACACGGUGGGACGCACGCCUGGGAGAGACAUUUCAGCAGCUUUUAGCUUCAGGGACCUGGGCUUGUCGCGAGGACGUCCGAGAGGCCGCCCUAGACCAGAUCUUCCUCCCAUCCGUCUCGGGGGUUUCGGCAUUCGUCGCAUGGCGCGCAUUGCCCCGGUGAGUUUCGUGUGCUCCUGGGUGCAGUGUGCACCCAUUCUCUGUUCUCUCCCUGCGUGUGGCGAGGUGUUUCGGCAGAGCUUCGCUUCAGGUGAGCCAGAGCAGAUCGACCGGGCUCUGCAGACGGCGCUAGAGGGUCUCCCACCUGACGUUCUCUCUCUCCUUCCCCCCUGGCCCUCUUGCGCUUCUGCCUCCCCCGAUUCCCUUUUUGCAGGAGCGAGCCGUCUUCUGGAGGCGCAUGCCUUGGAGGCCGUGCGUGCCCGUCACGCCUCUCCCUUGCACCUUGCCCGUUUGACUUCCCUUCAGGGCGGAGGUGCAGGGGCGUGGUUGACGUCGGUGCCGUACGCCGACCCACUGCGCAUCCCGGAGGCGCUGUGGCAGGCGGCUUCAUCUUCUCGUCUUGGUCUCCCUAUCCCCCAGUUAGCCCUUGCAGGGACCGGGGGAGCGGAGAGGCGAGGCGGGACAGCCGGGUGGCGGGGGACAGGGGGACGGCACCAGCUGCGGGGUCAGGUGGAGCGAGGGACAGGUGGGCAGAGGGGACGGCAGGGGGAGCAGACGGGCCAGGACGGGGAGGGGGGACGGCACAGGCAGCAGCAGGAGAGCCAGUGGAGGCCGCGGGCCCAGGGCGCCGCGCCUCCAGGUUCGGCCUCGGGGGCGGGGCAGGGGCGGGAGCAGCAGAGAGCGGACGGAGGUACAGGAGGGGCAGCGGGAUUGGGAGGGGAGGGCCAGGGAGUGAGAGAGGCAGCAGGGGAUGGAGCAGGGGGGUCGGGAGGUUUGGGGGAGGGUAGAGAGGGGGAGGGGAGAGGACAGGUGGAUGGAGGAGAGGAGAGGGGGAGAGAGACGAUCGGAGAGGGGGCACCAAGGGACCAGACAGGGCAGCAGCCAGCGCAACAGCAGGGACCAGUCGGACGCACAGGCCGUGUAGGCACCGCCUCCCGCAUUCCAGAUCUCACCUGCCGCGACGUUGGCCAGGGUCUGAUGGUUCUUGUGGAUGUCUCCAUAGCGGAUCCACAGCGGGAGGGGAACGUGCAGCUGAGACGGGCGACCCCCACACAGAUUGGAGUGGCAGCAGCUAGGCGGGUGCAGGAGAAGCUGCGUCACUGGGGGCCGCACUUAGAGGGGCUGCAGCCGGCACCACACUUUUACGCCACAGCGGAGGAGGGAUAG